UAGACGUGACUUGCAAAAGGUUUGGUUUAUUUUGGUUCAUUACCCGUGUUUUGAUGAAAAGAAUUGUAUUUUAAAGAAGCAGUAAAAAGGCACUACAUUCGCGCGACUUAAGACUAAGCUUGCCAUAAUGGAAUCUGCAGGAGACUGGUGUUUAAUUGAGAGUGAUCCAGGAGUUUUCACACAAUUGAUAAAGAAAUUUGGAGCUAAAGGUGUACAAGUAGAAGAAUUAUGGACCAUGGAAGAAGGAAUUUUUGAAAAUCUCAGACCUGUUCAUGGACUUAUAUUUCUCUUCAAAUUCUUACAACACGAGGAGCCUGCUGGCCCCGUUGUGACCGACAACCGACUUGAUAAAAUCUACUUUGCUAAACAGGUUAUCAAUAAUGCCUGUGCUACACAAGCUGUUGUCAGCUUACUUCUGAACUGCACUCACCCAGACGUGGACAUAGGCCCUGAGUUGACCAAGCUAAAGGAGUUCAGCAUGUCAUUCGACCCCCGUAUGAGAGGCCUGACUUUGAGCAAUUCGCAGACUAUACGCAUGGCGCAUAACUCCAUGUCACCUUACAUGCACUUUGAGUUCGAUCAGAAAAUGGCUUCUAAGGAUGACGACGUAUAUCAUUUCAUCGGCUACAUGCCUAUCGACGGGCGGCUGUACGAGUUGGACGGUCUGCGCGAGGGCCCCAUCGACCACGGACCCAUCGCGCCGGAGCAAGACUGGCUCGACGUCGUCAGGCCCAUCAUCAUGAAGCGCAUCAACAUCUACACAGAAGGCGAGAUCCACUUCAAUCUAAUGGCUCUAGUAUCAGACAGAAAGAUGAUUUACGAACGUCAGCUGGAGGAACUACUCAACGAGUCACAGAUGAUGGGCAUGCACUCGGAAGAAGUAGAGAACGAGAUACCCCGGCUCAGGAUGCUCAUAGAAUACGAGGACGUCAAGAUGGCCAAGUACCAGCAGGAGAUGGCGCGGAGAAAACACAACUACAUACCGUUUAUAGUGCAGUUGCUCAAGAUCUUGGCGGAGGAAAAAAAGUUGACUCCGCUAUUGGAGAAAGCGAAGGAGCGUGCGGCGAAAAAGGGACCGAAAAAGAUUAAGACAUAGGAAUAUGCAAUGAAAGCUUAAGUAUUUAAAGAAUAGUGAAAGAUGUGUGUGUUCUGUGCUACUUAUUAUUUAAAAAAAAGUAAAUUGCGUUCAACAUCGAGUUUGAAAGAGUCGUUACGUAUGUAUGUAUCUACUAGAGAUGCACCGGAUAUCCGGUUACUAUCCGGUAUCCGGCCUAUCCGGCCAUUAAUUUACUAUCCGGCCUAUCCGGCCAUUAAUUAACUAUCCGGCCGGAUACCGGAUAGUGACCUACUAUCCGGCCGGAUACCGGAUAGUAACAUUGCUUGAUUUCGGAGUAAACAAAUUGGAUUUAUGAAACAGACACGAUCAUAAUCGUACUUGUUUAUUAUUUUAAAACAAUUUAAUAAUUCCAUUGACUUGCACGCGCACUCAUUUCGAACCUAGAAAUGAGUCUGCGCGAACGUUUACUAGGAAACAGGUCAAACCAUCAGAAUGCGCACCUGAAAAUCCGAAAUGUAGGUAUAGUUCCUCUGGCCGAAUAUUCGGCGGCCGGAUACCGGAUAUCCGGCCGAUGGUCAGGCCGAAUAUUCGGUAUCCGGCCAAACAACUAUCCGUUGCAUCUCUAGUAUCUACACUUGUUCAAUUUUUUGACCUAGUUGGAUACUCAUUUUUCAGAGGUAGUCUCAUUUAAAGCUUCAGAUUAUUAUUGUCAUACAUAUUUAUAUUAUGAUUCAAGGAAGUAGAUGACGGUUGUGUUGCUUCGUGUGUCGCGUGAGACUCCGUAGGCGGCCGCGGCAUAGAUAGGUAAUAAUACAUUAAUGACUGGUUCGGUGUUAUAAUUAAUUUGAGUAAUUAUAACUGCUGCAUCACUGCCAGUAGAAAAUCAGAAAAACGACUUGAAAGAAAUGUUCUCGGUAUUAUCUUAUAUAUUUACGAUGAAAUUUGAAAUCAGAAAAGUUGAAUAUUUGACUAUCUAUCCACUGGUAUGUAUGGGUCUUAUUAAAUGAAGUUCAAUUGA